ACUAACCUUGAAUUUCAUAGCGCACUCGUCUGUAAAUAUCGAUGAGUGCAGUCCACUUACGGCCUACCUCGAGUGUUUACGUUUUACUUGUAAGCACACUAAGAAAUAUAAGGCAACAUGGUUAAAGUCGACGUGAAAUAUACUAAGCUUUUCAUCAACAAUGAGUGGGUUGAUGCGGUCAGCAAAAAGACUUUUCCAACGAUAAAUCCUCAGGAUGAGAGCGUCAUUGCUCAAGUGGCAGAGGCAGAUAAGGCCGAUGUUGACAUAGCAGUAGCCGCAGCUAAAGCCGCAUUCCACCGGUACGCCCCAUGGCGUACAAUGGAUGCUUCCCAAAGAGGGAUGCUCUUACUCAAAUUAGCCGAUUUAAUCGAUUCCCAAGCCAGAUAUUUAGCUGAACUAGAAACUUUAGACUGCGGUAAGCCAGUCAAAACGGCCGAAGAAGAAGUGUACUAUUCAUCCAGUUUUUUUAGGUAUUAUGCUGGAAAAGCCGACAAAAUUUUGGGCAAUACAAUACCUGCAGAUGGAGAGGUUUUGUCAAUGACGUUAAAAGAACCUGUCGGUGUUUGUGCACAAAUUAUACCAUGGAACUACCCAAUUCCUAUGUUGGCAUGGAAAAUUGCACCAGCCUUGGCUGCAGGAUGCACAUUAAUAGUGAAACCAGCGGAACAGACACCGCUUACAGCGCUCGCUGUGGCCGCCCUCAUCAAGGAAGCCGGUUUCCCUCCCGGCGUGGUCAACAUUUUACCCGGUUAUGGACCCACCGCGGGAGCUGCGCUUACACAUCACCCAAAUGUCGAUAAAGUGGCUUUCACUGGAUCCACUGAGGUGGGUCGCCUAAUCCUUGGGGCGGCGCCGGUGGCCAAUCUUAAAAGGGUCACCUUGGAACUUGGAGGGAAAAGCCCCCUUGUUGUCUUCAAUGACGCUGAUGUUGAAACAGCGGCGCAAAUAGCCCACGCGGCCGCUUUCGCAAAUGGCGGGCAAUGUUGCGUCGCUGGGACAAGAACGUACGUACAGUCCGGUAUUUACGAUCAAUUCAUCCAGAAGGCUGCCGAAAUCGCGAAAAAUAGGUCUGUUGGAAACCCGUUCGAUGACGUACAACAAGGACCCCAGAUCGACAAAGACAUGUACUCAAAGGUACUGGGGUACAUCAAGGCCGGUAAGGAUGAAGGUGCAAAAUGCUUGGCGGGAGGAGAUAAACUGGGUGAUAAGGGAUACUACAUCCAGCCCACUGUUUUCGCUGAUGUUAAGGACGAUAUGAAGAUUGCUCGCGAAGAGAUCUUUGGGCCAGUGCAAAGUAUACUAAAGUUCGACACGUUUGAAGAAGUCAUAGACCGCGCUAACGACUCCAAUUACGGUCUGGGAGCCGGAGUCAUCACCAAUGACAUCACCACAGCUCUCAGCUUCGCGAAGUAUAUGCGAACUGGCUCUGUAUGGGUUAACACGUACGACCAUGUCACUAGCCAAACACCUUUCGGUGGAUUUAAGGACUCCGGCCUGGGAAGAGAGUUGGGAGAAGAUGGUAUUUCUCAAUACUUGGAGACUAAGACGGUAACAAUGGCGCUCCCGAAAAAACCUCAACUGUAAUUCAAUUUGUAUUAUACUCUAACUACUAUUUAAAACGAGUUGUAUUUCUACAAAAUAUUUGAAAUAAUAUGUACUAUGUUAUAAAUUUUUGUUACCAAUAAUUAUAAAGAUUAUUUUCUUAUAAUGAGCAUUUCUUUUAAACAUCUCGACAUUGAUGAAUAAAAUAAACGUAAAACUACCUUUGA